GACGCCCGCCAUCCCCUCAUUUCGCCUCUCCCUCCCUCCCUCUCCUCCUGUCUCUCUCUCUCUCCCUCUCCCCUCCCCAUGGCUGCUGUUUAUCUUGCGCCGCUGUGCUUAUCGUGCGCGUCUCCCAUGGCGAAGGACUCCAUAGCUCCUGUCUCGCCCUUUAGGAAAGAGGGCCUUCUCCAGAACCCUUUUCUGUCGUGCUUCGGUGGGUCGGAGGGAUGGGGGGUCCGAAUCCCUUGGGCGCUCCCAGCGAUCUCCGUGACCAAGAGGAGACGGAGACGGAGGUCGGGCGGCAGCAGCGGGGAGGUCUUCUGCCUCUUCUAUGACGCUCCUGAGGCCAUCACUGCAUGUGGUUGGAAUGAUUCUGUUCUGGCCAGCGAUUUACCUGUUGUUGUGGAGUUUUGGGCAUCAUGGUGUGGACCUUGCAGGAUGGUACACCGUGUGAUUGAUGAAAUAGCACAAGAAUAUGCUGGAAGAAUCAAAUGUUUUAGGCUAAAUACGGAUGACUACCCUCAAGUCGCAACUUCUCAUAACAUUGAUCGAAUUCCAAUGGUUUUGCUGUUCAAGGAUGGGGAGAUGGUCAACAGCAUGACUGGUACCCUUCCUAAGUCUGUUUAUGUGACAGCCAUUGAAAAAUCUUUAUCUAACUAAGGAAGCAACUGUUCCGACCAGUGGAGCUCCGGCAUUUGCGUGGAGCUCCAUCAUCAGGUUUGAUAUGGAUUGGAAAUCUGGUUGGCCAGAGACUGGAUUUUACUUUAUGGUUGCUUGGUAUUUGCUUUUCUUGUAUUACUUUAAUUGACAUCAUUGUAAAGUUUUUAUUGGAUUAAAAUUUAGUUGAUGUAUUCACUUGUGCUUUACGGAUUAAUGUAACUCAGGGCUAUUUUUUCCAUCCCCUGAUACAUUCUAUACAGUCAUUUUGCAAUUCAUAUCCAAGUUGUUCUUUCUCAUAGUUACAUUCAGGAAUAUGUAAUCUAAGAACCCCGAUUGGCCACC